AUGACGAUCACUCCUCCUAAUAACAACAACAUCAUUCACUCUCUCUUGAAUCAUGGAACGAGUUGGUUGAAAGCAUUCAUGUUUGUGAGUGUCUUACUCUAUGCCAUCGGAAGAGGAAUUCCAUAUGUACGGGAUGUGAUGAGGUGGUACAUGAGAAGGUCAAGUGGUCAUCAUCAUCACCACAACAACAAGCAGUCUGCCUCAGCACCACGUGGUAGCAUCAACCAUUCAUCCCGUAAGAACACACACAAUAAUAAUAUUGGAAAACAUGAUCAAUACGAACAGAAAGAGGAGGCUACAAGUUUCCAAUCCGAUGUGCCUUCCAUAAGUACUCCAGAAGAGUAUUUCCAAUUGGAAAUACCUGUUCCGUACAUGAACCUUAAGAGCAUCUUUUCAGAUGACAAUCUAUCAUCCCAAGCACCCAUCAUGAAUCAAUUCACGUCCGAUUUUCUCAAUGGUAUUGCAAAACGAAUGGAUUUUCUUCACAAGAAUUACGUAAGAUAUUUGAACAAGUUGGCAACAAGUGGAAUGAGCAAUACAUCAUCAUCCAAUCAAGAAGAUUUAUCAUCUUCAUCCACAACAUCAUCAAUCACAGAUCCGAGCAAUAUCACUGAGCUUACAUCCUUGCAAAAGAGAAUGUAUCCUAUUGUAUUUCGGAACAAGUUCAAUCUUGCAAAGGAUUUACUGCUACGAGAUCUUUAUGACUCCAUAGAGAAGUGUCAACUCAAAACAGAGAUGUAUCGUCAGCAAGUGAAGGCCAUUUCGAGGUUUAUCCCUCCAUCAUUUUUUCUUAAUGACCCAUCAUUUGCACCCUAUUAUUGGGUCUUGACAGAUAUUGACUACAAGCUGAUGCCACCAUUUCUUCGUCAUUAUGUUCUCUACUCGUCAUCUAUGGGGGCAUCAAUGUAUGGUGGCCCAUUUCACUCUGGCUCUCCAUUGUUCAUGGGAUACGAUGAUGAUUACCAAAUGAUGACACUCAAUUCACAACAACAGUCAAUGAGACUUACUGAUACAACAGGAAGAACGAACUCUAUUCCUCCAUACAUUCGGAAUAGAAUUAGAUACGAGUGGGAAUUAUUUACUCGGCAAAACAAGAGUAUUGUGCAUCGAUAUGACUUUUUAUACAACGCAUUCCUGAGCAGAAAUGGUUUUCAUGUGACAAAAAAGGAUGAUGAAAUAAGAUAUCGAAAGGAAUUUACUGAACAAUGCUACAAAUUACUCAAAAGUAGACGCAAAGUUGCAUUGAGAAAGAUCAAAACCAUCCGUUUGAAGCAAAUAAGACCAAGUGAGCGUGAAAAGAGUCAACUUCGAACUCAGUACUCCAAGUUAAAACAACUUGAAUUGCUGCCAUGA